AUGAACUCCUCGUCUGCCCGUUCCAGCGUCGACCUCUCCUCCUCCACAAUUCCCAACCCCAAAUACGAACAUGACCAGGAAGCUGCUGGGUUGUUGCCAAGCCCAACGUUCUCCGAUGACUCGAGGGAAGCAAAGCUAGGAGCUAAGCACCGGUGGCAUCUUGGCGGGAGGUGUAAGACAUGGUGGUGGGAUACGCUCCACGCGGUUCUUGGCCUGCUUAUCGGACUGAUCGGGAUAACCGGCUGGGUCAUGUAUUGGCGGGCGUUACCGGGCGUGGGGCUGAUGGGAGAGAUUAAUGGGUUGGUCCCGGAAUUUCCGGUCGUGCCCGUCCUUUUUGACGAUGAUCCACGGUCGACGCCGGAUCACAAGACGGCUGAGUCGGCGAAUGCCACAUACGAGUAUUGGGCGUCUUUCAUGCCGGUUGGGAACGGCUUCAUGAGCGUUCCUCACGACGAUAGCCAUGUCCUCCCGCCGCCUAUGGUCGGCGAGGCGGGAGAAUACUACUCGAUCGCGGUCUUCCACCAGCUCCAUUGUCUGCACAGUGUCAUGAAGAUGUGGAACCAAGUCAACGACGAACUCGAGCAGCAAGCCACUUCAGGCCAACUCCGCGGCCGGAACGACGACGACAUCGCCAGCGACGGCAAAACCAUGUCCCGAAAAAAGAUGCGACGCCACGUUGACCACUGUUUCCGGUACCUUCGGCAGUCAAUCGUUUGCUGUGCCGACACGGCGCUGGAGGGCCAGAAUUUGAAGGCCAAAAUCCCAGAUACAGAUGGAACGGGAGCAACACAUCUCUGCAAAGACUUUGACAAGGUCAGGACGUGGGCGGAAGAGAGGAGGAUUAGCGAUGGGCAUGCGAUUUAG